AUGUCUUUAAGUAACAGAGAUCCUCUUGUGGUAGGGAGAGUUGUAGGAGACGUUCUUGAAUGUUUCACCAGAUCAAUCGAUCUAAGGGUUACUUAUGGCCAAAGAGAGGUGACAAAUGGGUUGGAUCUAAGGCCUUCUCAAGUCGCCAACAAGCCAAGAGUUGAGAUUGGGGGAGAAGACCUAAGGAACUUCUACACUUUGGUUAUGGUGGAUCCAGAUGUUCCAAGUCCUAGCAAUCCUCACCUCCGAGAAUAUCUUCACUGGUUGGUGACCGAUAUCCCAGCGACAACUGGAACAAACUUUGGCAAUGAGAUUGUGACUUACGAGAGUCCAAGGCCCAACUCGGGUAUUCAUCGUAUCGUGCUGGUAUUGUUCCGACAGCUCGGUCGGCAAACCGUGUAUGAACCAGGGUGGCGCCAACAGUUCAACACUCGUGAGUUUGCUUCCCUAUACAAUCUCGGCCUUCCCGUGGCUGCGGUUUUCUACAACUGCCAGAGGGAGAGUGGCUGCGGAGGACGAAGAAGUUAG